GAAACCACUGCAUGGAUACACUGGAUUACAUUUUUAUGGAAUAGCACAAAAUAAUUGUACUAAUUUUAUCAGUAUAUCCAUAUUAAUGGUGAUGCUUACAGAUUACCUCACAAUUCCACCUAUUCCGCCUCUUUGGAUUUAUGCCAAGCUGGUAAGGGAGCAAUAUAAAAGAGACACAAAUGUUCCCUGUGUGUCCAUUUGCAUUUGACUAACAUAACUUCUGUACACUACAACUAGCACAGAAUCAAGUCAUGCUGCUCUUCCUGAUGUUAGCGUUGUCCUCACUGGUGCACUCGGCUCCUCUUGUUAACAAGUCCCUGCCACUGGACUGUGAAGACGUUUACCAGAUAAGGGUAAUGAAGAAUGCCUCUGCUCCUAGUGGAGUGUACACCAUUUACCCAGCAGGGUCUAAACCUGUGAAGGUGUACUGCGAUAUGGGCUGCGUGGACAGCAACGGCCACAACGAUGGGAGGUGGACAGUGAUUCAGAGGAGAAUUAACGGCAGUGUGAGUUUCUAUCGGCCAUGGGCGCAGUAUAAGGAAGGAUUUGGUAAUGCUGCUACUGAAUACUGGCUAGGUCUGGAGAACAUCUACAUGAUGACCUACACAGAAAAGUAUCAGCUGAGAGUGGACAUGGAGGAUUUUGAGAGAGGCAGUGCCUACGCCCAGUACACUACAUUCUAUGUCGAGCAAGAGUCCACAGACUACAGGCUGAAUAUUGGAGGCUACAUCAAUGGAGGAGCAGGUGAUUCUUUGUCCUAUGUGAAUGGAAGAGGUUUUUCAACCUUUGACAAAGAUCCAACAGGAUAUUGUGCAGAGACUUAUUCUGGGGGUUUCUGGUAUAACUAUUGGACAUGCCUAUACGCCAACCCCAAUGGCCUGUACAAAUAUGGGAAUGUGGGCACAGCAUACACAGGGGUCAUGUGGGAGACCUGGAAAGGUAGCUACUACUCUCUGAAGACCACUGUGAUGAAGAUCAGACGGAUGAGUCUAGAAGAUCUUUUAGCUUUCCAGAUUACUUUUAGAAACGUUUAGCUUUCCAGAUCUAGAUAGCUAGAUGAAUAGAAUAGAAAUGUCUAAUAUCUCUCAAUGCUACUGGUCAUGGAUUUUCAGUAAAAUGAUCUACUUAUUCAUUAAUCCUACUUAUAAAUAUGUUUUAUCCGGUGGUACAUACCCUGUAAUGUCCUCCAUUCUCUGCUGUUUUAGUUUCUUUUCUAAAUGAUAUUGGUACAGAUGUAUCAAGGAAUAAAUUUUUAUCCUUGAAUUUUUUCUUGUAUGCAUUUUUAGUUAAAAGUUUUUU